AUGAGCGAUUUUCGUCGCUGGCUGGCUGUUGGUCUCAUAGCAGCCAUAUUUCCCAGCUUUGCCUCCGCGAUCACUUGUCUGAUUUCCAGUCCAGAAUCAGACUCAGAGCAGCCAUUUUUCCGACCAUACCCCGUCGAGUCUGCAGACGAUCUAAACCGGUUCGCGACAGACAAUUGCACUGUCAUAUACGGUAAUAUCGAGAUAUCAAGUGAUUUCAACGGAGCAUUUGCGAUUCCGAACGUGGAGAUCAUCUAUGGAAACAUCACCCUCAGGGAUUCAUCAGGCUUAUCGUCAGUCAAUUUGACAUCGAUCGAGCUUCCCAAUGCGUUGGCCGUGGAAGGAAUUGAGCUCCCAGAUAUACCGGCCUUGAAGAAUAUCUCCGCACCGAAAGCGAUACUCGCGCGGUCUAUCAAAUUCGCCCAGCAGUCGUCGAUCAGCCCCAAUGUUGAUUUUCGAUCUCUGAUAAGAGCUGAGAACAUCUCUCUAACGGGGAACUAUUCGAGCCUGCACUUCGAUGCACUGCAAAAGGUCAACAACUCACUCAGUGUAUGCUCGGUGAGAGACUGCGGACCGGCCGACAAGUUCGAGCUCGCCAUAUCCUUUCCUGCUCUGAUAUCUGCAGCGUAUAUCCGAGUAGGCGGACUGAUCAACAGCCUGUCACUACCUGCCCUCGAAACAAUCAAUGCCACAAAGCCAGAUUAUGCGGGGCCCUUGGGCCUGGACGUGCACAACUAUGGCAGACCAUUAGCGCUUGACUUCCCGAAACUGCGAUCCGUGAGCAAUACGCUCGAUCUGCAGGGCUCUAUCUCCAGUCUAUCACUUGAUUCGCUCGCAGCCACCGAUGCCGAUAUCCUCAUCGACACAGACAGCUCCCUAGACCUCAACUUCAGAAGCCUGGAGUCCGCGAACACCAUCCAGCUCAACGGCAGCAUCACCAGUGCCGAAUUCCCCGUCCUCCAACACGUGCAACGAGUUACCAUUAACGCCGACAGCUCAAUCGACUGCCGACCCCUCAAACAGGCCCUGCAGCGAGCAGCACCAAACUCCGAUUCCAUCUGUAACCGGAAAAGCGUGUUCGAACCGAAAGGGCUCUCGCCCGGCGCCAAGGCGGGGAUCGCGGUUGGGUGCAGCAUCGCUGCUCUUGCUUUCAUAGCAGCUUCUGUCUGGAUUUGGAGGAAGAUGGACCGGCCUAAAGCCCGUAGGACGUUGCCUUGGAGGGCAUCGCCUUCGUUGCGGGAGCGGAGGAGAGAGUCGGUGGAUGAACCUCCGCCGCCGUACUCGGUGCAUCCGCCGGUCUAG